UGUUUAUUUAUUUUCCUCUAACCUUUUACAGGAACCUUGUGCAUCCCCUCCCUACAUGUUAAUAGUGCUACUGGCCAAAAGAGACUCUUUUGUUUCACAAUUCACACUGUCAAAGAAAAGUCCACUUACAUGGGGGGGAGGGGGGAGAAUUAAGUUUAUCUAAAUCCAAAACAAAAAAUGGAAAGUGAGGAAUAGCUCACUAGCCAAACUCUUGUUUUUUAUUCCAAUCUCUUGGGAGAGAUGGACGAACAAGAAAUGUUUAUAAUUCUGGAUGGUUUUCUUUUUUUUAAAGCACCCAGCGUUAUCACUGUAUUAAAAUAUUGUUGAAACACUAAAAAAUCAGUGUCACCUGUGUUUCUCAGAAUAGUUAAGAGAUUAGAAGUAACUACCUGCUCUGGAUAUGGGGAUAUGUUUCCAUAUCAAAUGGCCUUCAAUAAAUGUCUCCAAAGUUGAUGGGCACCUAUCUUUCUUUAUUUCUAAAUGUAAAUGAUUGUAUGUUUUAAUUUCAGGUGUGAAAAUCUCUGUCUUGUUAUAUAUUUUCUAUUUUUUAAAAAAACCUGGUGUUUUUAAAUGAUUAUGUGACUUCUGGCAUGAUGUAUCUCUGUUCUGAUUUAAAAUAGCCAAUGAAUAAAAGUAGCUCAGCUAAAACUCUUUAUCAGGAACACUAAACAUUCUAAUCUGUAAGUUAAUCAAGUUGAAGAAACAUCCUUAGUUGUUGUUUUGCAAGGCAAAUCUAGAUAAGUAUCAGUAUUGAAAGCAGUUAAGUAAAAAGAUCACCUUUAGCUAAACUUGCAUUUUAUCUGGAUGUAGAAAUUGUACUGAAGGACAGAAGCCCACAAAAGAAAAAGAGCAUUAUGUACAGUGCACUAGGAACACAAAUUGUAAAUAGAAAUCUGGUCUUAUUUCAUGCAAGAUUUAAAGAAAUGUGCUCCUAAAUUUGGAACGGUUGUCCUGAGGUACAUAGUGCAUUGCCAUCUCUAUAAAUAGUUGUGGAAUACCACUGCAAGGACAUUAGACUAUACUGCCAGUGUUAAAAAGAUUCCAGAUAAUUCAGAGGCUGUUUUACACUACCUUACAUCUGUGUCUGUACGGACAGCAGCUCCUGCUAUUUUUCAAAUAGAAUGCUGAGAAUUCAUAUUCUUCUUCAGAAGGUUAAUUCUCUUAAAGCUUCCAGGCUAAGGCUUGGACCAACCAGCCACCACCAUUGAGCCCAGCAGCUGGAGCGGCAGCGAGAGUCCUGCCGAGGACAUUGAAAGAAUGAGUGAUUCUGCAGAUAAACCUAUUGACAAUGACGCAGAAGGGGUCUGGAGUCCAGAUAUUGAGCAGAGCUUUCAAGAGGCUCUAGCUAUAUAUCCCCCUUGUGGGAGGAGGAAGAUCAUAUUGUCUGACGAAGGCAAAAUGUAUGGUAGGAAUGAACUGAUAGCCAGAUACAUCAAACUUAGGACGGGAAAGACACGGACCAGGAAACAGGUGUCUAGUCACAUACAGGUCUUAGCCAGGAAGAAAGUUCGAGAAAUUCAAGCUGCCAUUAAGGUGUCUAGUCACAUUCAGGUUCUUGCCAGAAGGAAAUCUCGUGAUUUUCAUUCCAAGCUAAAGGUAACAAGCAUGGAUCAGACUGCAAAGGACAAAGCACUCCAGCACAUGGCAGCCAUGUCCUCCGCUCAAAUUGUGUCUGCAACAGCGAUUCACAAUAAGUUGGGUUUGCCAGGAAUUCCCCGUCCGACGUUCCCUGGAGCACCUGGAUUUUGGCCUGGGAUGCUACAAACAGGACAGCCCGGAUCUUCUCAGGACAUAAAGCCAUUCGUUCAGCAGGCCUAUCCUAUACAGCCCACAGUCACAACUCCCAUUUCAGGAUUUGAACCCACGUCAGCUCCAGCACCUUCUGUUCCAGCUUGGCAAGGUCGAUCUAUUGGAACAACUAAACUCAGACUCGUAGAGUUUUCUGCUUUUCUAGAGCAACAAAGAGAUCCAGAUUCUUAUAACAAACACCUCUUUGUGCACAUUGGACAUGCCAAUCACUCUUAUAGCGAUCCAUUGCUGGAAUCAGUGGACAUUCGUCAGAUUUAUGACAAAUUCCCUGAAAAGAAGGGAGGCUUGAAGGAAUUGUUUGGAAAAGGACCCCAGAAUGCCUUCUUCCUAGUAAAAUUUUGGGCGGAUUUAAAUUGCAACAUCCAAGAUGAUACAGGAGCAUUCUAUGGUGUAACUAGUCAAUAUGAAAGUUCAGAAAACAUGACAAUCACCUGUUCCACCAAAGUCUGCUCAUUCGGAAAGCAAGUGGUGGAAAAAGUAGAGACUGAAUAUGCACGGUUCGAGAAUGGGCGGUUUGUGUUUAGAAUAAACCGCUCACCAAUGUGUGAAUAUAUGAUCAACUUCAUCCACAAGCUCAAGCAUUUACCAGAGAAAUAUAUGAUGAACAGUGUGCUGGAAAACUUUACAAUUUUGUUGGUUGUAACGAACAGGGACACUCAAGAAACGCUCCUUUGCAUGGCUUGUGUAUUUGAAGUUUCAAACAGUGAACAUGGAGCACAGCAUCACAUCUACAGGCUUGUAAAGGACUGAACAGUUAUUUAUAGACACCUUUUCAAUAUGACUUCUUACAAAAACACAGACUGUCAACCUCAACACUAAGUGGCAGUUUUCUUUGGCUGAGCUGUCCCCAACAUUUUUCUAAACCUCAUUGGGAGUGUGUUGAUAAAUAUUGUAGCUGUGAAAUUCUGGUACAGUUGUACAAAUUCUUUCUUAAAACAAAGUGUUCUUUAAAUUUAUAAAGCCACCCUUUUGGAGGGAGACUAUAUUUAAGAAUUUGUGGAAGUUUUAAUUUGUUGUGUUAGAAAAAUGUAACACAGAGCAAUUGCCAUGGAAAAGCUGAACAGCAGUUAUAAGAAUUUAUGAGGUGUUUUGCCUAAAUUAAUAAAAUCACGUUUCUAAGGUGCAAGAAUGAAUUUUGACUAAGCAUAAAUUAGCACACAAAUUCUUUUUUAAAAAAAGUAUCUUCCUAACUGAUUACUGUGGAAAAUGCAGACGAAUGUAAAUCACUAAAUUAUUUUAUACUGCAACUCAAUUUCUGUUUGAAGCCAAAUGACAAACUUAGCCUUAAGAAAUGCCUGAUAGGAAUGGACAGGUCCUUAAAGUAGGCAAAAUAUAUUUUUUUUUCUUUCCCUCUAUAUUAAAACUAAUAUUCUAAUUCACUGAAACUUUCAAGCAGGUAUUGCAAAGCGAGAAGACUUCCUUUCUUUUACUAAUUUUAUCUAGUGCAUUAAAAUAUAAAAUAUUUGUACUAAUAAGGACAUUUGAUUAUUUAAUUAAAAGAUGGCUCGUUUUGCAAUAACUAGACAAAUACUGAAAGAUUAGACUUACAGUGUAUGUAAUCCUGUGUGCGUGAUUAUAUAUUAUAUGAAAUGGUUUUGUUUUGUUUUUCUUAACAACUCAAGAAAUUGCAACACCCAAAUUACCAAUUAUAUGGGAUUUGAAAGUGCUAUUUUUUUAAUUACAUUGUCAGAUAAAAGCCACAACAAUUAUUGUAACUGAAAAAAAAAACAAUAGAAGGUCUAAAACAAAAGGUUCAUCUGUUUUAAUGUCUUUAGAAUCCUAGAAAUAUCUGACUUUGACAAAAGACUGACUGGUUUCCUUAAGCUAAUCUUGCUCAGUGUGAUCCACCAGGCUACAUAUGUAAAAUAUCAGCUAUUCGUGGAAGCCACAUUAAGGGCUUAAUAUAUUUCAGAACUGUUUUACACUGACUCAGAUCACUGUUUCACCUAGCUCAGGUUUGUCAGUAGGAAUUGAAAGUUAUUCUCUAGGAUUGUGUACUGGCUAGAGAAUUCUGGGAGUUGAAGUCCACAUAUCUUAAAGUUGCCAACAUUGAGAAACACUGCUCUAGGAUAUCAAGCUUUUUUUUAAAGAUAGAUAGAUGAUAGAUAGAUAGAUAGAUAGAUAGAUAGAUAGAUAGAUAGAUAGAUAGAUAGAUAGAUAGAUAGAUAGAUAAAAAUAAGAGUCAAGACUGGACCUUCUAUAUAUAAUGCCAGCACAUGGCUAUAUCCUUUCACCUUCUCUGAAAAUUUGGAAUCAGUCUGAGGGCUGUCAAGCACUUGGCUGCCCAGAAUACAUAUUUGGGGAGCUACAAGUGGCUUGGUAGACUCUGUCUUAAUGAGAUUGUGUCUUAAAAUUGCCAUGAUGAAUACAGCUUUCCCCAGCCUUAUGUCCCUUCAGAUGGGUUGGAUUAUAAUUCUCUGAAUAUCCAACCAGCACUGAUGGUUGAAUUUGUGACCAACUUUUCUUUUGUAGACUUCUCAAAAUAUUUGGCUCUAUCCUUCGUCUUGUUGAUCAUUAUCCAUGUUUUUCUUUUCCUGUCCACAAUUCUGUUUGUCAGGAAAAGGAACACAGCGCUCGUGCCAAAGGUCUGAACAGAUUAUUUGCCUAGAGCUUUCUACACACGAUCUACACUUAAUCUCUUCAUUUUGGAUCCUGUACUACAAUUUCCUUUUAUCUGAGCUUCCCCCACUUUUUAGAUACACUAUAUUUCAUAUUGUUUAGGCACACAAUCUGAUUGUAUCUAUGUGGGGAUUGUUUUUUCCUUCAGUAACAUAUUAUGUACAAAGUCUAGGUCUUCAGACAUGAGCAAGGCUGAAAUGUUGCUUAAUCAACAUUAUAUUAAGACAUGCAAUUUAGGAAGGGUACAUGCUCACAAGAUGGUUAGAUACAUGCUUUAAGCAACUACUCUGAUUCUAAGCCAUCUCCUUAUGUGCCAUAAUUCAACUUGCUGGUUUGAAAUGCUGGCACAGAAAAAUAUUAACUACAAAUAACAAGUCAGUCUGUCUUUGUUUCUUCACUUGUGGAAUCUGAUUUACUUGAGAGGUUCCUAGAAGCAUGGCAGUAGAUAAAUGUUGGAAUGCAAUUUCCAUCCUCACAUAUUUGCAUUCCAACAUCUGAGACAAGGACAUAAGUUGUCAUUUUUCCAUCAUGAUGUCAAUUUGCACAUUUUGUCACUACACCCCCUCCCAGCCCUUUUGUGUGGGUGUUCUUGCACCUGGCAGUUCUGCUUCAUAGUUCCCAUUCUAAAUAUAGGUUUCUUUGAUUUGGGUUUUGGGACUUUUUCAGGCAUUUAGAAUGAAAGUUUAGCCUCCAGCUAUCCAAAGCUGAAAAUUGAGAAAAGUUCUGGAAAGAAAUACGGACACUUUCCUCCUUCAUAUUGAUUUUACAUUCAUGAUAGAACAACAAUAGUUGCUGCUCUUGGAGUCAGAAUUCCCUACAGUUUUGAAAUUUUGGAGUCACUCUUAGGGGUAAAUACUAUUUAUAACAUUUUAGGCACUGUGUUAAUAAAGCUUUCACAAUUAAAUACAUGUGCAUUAAAGUCUGUGAGGAUGUAUCAAGGUACAGUUCAUCUGGAAGUUUGCGUUUUACUUCAUUGUUAAAGAAAGAUUGUGGUGCUUAACAUCUGGAAGGCUACAUAAUGCUGUGGCCUUCUGUCCAUGAUUACAUUCACCCGUCUGGUGGAUUGUUACAGCACAGGGUUCCUCAAACAUUUCUAACAUUUGCGUUCACAAAGGUAGGAGGUUAGGCCAGCAGUAGAAUGGAAGGCCAAGACUUAGAGCAUUGGAAGGCUUGGUAAACUGAGCAUCUUGGUAAACUGAGCAAUAGAUGUUAAGGCAGAUGAACCUCUUGGGCUGCAAUCCUGUACACACUUAACUGGGUGUAAAUCCUGUUGAAAUAAAUAGGACUUACUUCCAGGUAGCUAUGCACAGGAUUGUGCUGUCAGUCAUUUUGUCUGAGAGCACUAGAACCAAACAUUUAUGGUUGGGUGUCUUCACCUGUUUCUAACACUAGCAAAGUAUCUAAUAGAAGCACUGCAGGAGGAGCCCUUUAUUUGAAGCACUUGGUGUUAAACAGGUCUAAAAUUCUCUUUUUAACAGUCAAAUAUUAUAAGGCUUUUGGUUUUGAUGGAUAGAUUUAUUUUAGGGGGAACAAAAAGUUUUAAAACAUUAGGGUCACUUUUCACACAUGAAACAGAACAGUUUGCAAAGUAGGCACCGUUUUUCUUCUUCUUCUUCUGAUAAUGCCUCCUGCAACAUAACGUAUGUAAUGACUAUAGAGUCUGAAGCAUCCUGAUGUUUCUUGAUGUUCGUUUUUUGUAAAAAUGUAUGGGGAACUGUUUGCCUUGUCAGUCACUUAUUUGUGGAUGUAAACGAUUCAUCCCCUGAGCAUGUUUCUUCCUCAAGCCUUAAGUCUGUCAAAGGUUUUGUGUGGAAUGUGUGGUCCCCAAAAGCUGCCUGGCAACUGUGAGCUCUUUUGUAAGCUGGAAGCAUCUCUCUUGUUACUGUUAUUUGUGGUAGGAACUUCUUAAUUCCAAGCUGCCAAAGCAUUACAGUAUGCAGUGCCUUAGUGCUAUAGUAGGAGUACCUUCUAGCCUAUCAUGCCAAUCAUAUGUAGUCCAUUAAUUUGGUUUAUUUAUGUAUAAAAAGAAUAAUCUCCUAGAGGAAACCCUUUUGGUCAAAAGAAACCUUCCUAGAUAAGUCAGUCCCCAUUGCUACAUAGUUGGAAUCUUUAUACCAAAAUGAAACAAAACAGCUCUAGAAUUUUCUGCAGAAAGUGAAUUGUAUAAAUAAUGCUGCCUUUUCCAAUUCUCAUGACCAAAUACUUAGUUUGUGACUCUGCACUCUUGCAUGCAAGUGCCUUUGGUUUUGAAGUUCCAGCUUAGAAAAGUGCUGCCAUAAUAAUGACAAAUAGUAGAGACCAAAAAUAUUUAGAGAUCACCAUAAUGCCUUUGGUUUAUUGGACACAGUCAAAACUAACAGGCCUCCAUUCUCAAAAGAGUAUCUUUUUAUACUAGCAUGCUUUUUUCAAAUCACAGGAGUGCAUAAUUCUGGAAAUUUAAUUUCCCUCUUGUUUCUGAGGCUUUGAUAACUAGCAUUAAAAAAAAAAUCAGUAUUUCACCUUUGCCAUGUCUUUCUCCAUCCAGUUUGACAUUUCUUCAUAAUUAGCAGAAAAUUAAGCAAAGGACAAAUGUGAUUUUAUUAAUGUACUAACUCGUUCUGUGAAGAUGGCUGUUUUUCUCCAUCUUAAAUUUGCACUUAUUUUGUUUACAAACUUGAGCAAUCAGAUGUCUAAAAUUGAAAAACAUGGGUCAAAAUGUUUCUGUCAUUUAACCCAUGCUUUUUGGCACCAUUUUUUUGAGAAAUGAGUAAGAAAUAUUGUUGGAAAAUCCUUUAGACUGGUAUUAUUCAGUCUGUUACUGUCACACUACUAGACAGGCAGCUUCUUUAAAUAAAGGGUGCCAUUUAACACGAUUUGUGAAUUUGAAGAAUAACACUUAUUUCAAGAGGCAUUGACAACGUUGAUACUGAUGUACUCAUUCAAGAAGGCAUGUGUGCAUAUGUGUAUACAUGCAGACGCACACACAUGAGAAAACUGAUAGCAGUAAAACCAAAAGUUGGCAGAGGGAAUUGUAGCUAUUCUGGUUUUAAUAGUUUUUUUUUAAAAAAAAAUUAUUGUGCAGCACAAAGUGGUAACAUUUGUGAUUGUUCCCCCUCUCUCUUUCACUUGCAUUCAUAUUAAUUUUCUUGUUCUUCAAAGAUUUAAAUCUCCCUCACUCUCUUCUUGCAUCUAAUCCACUAAGGAUUGUUUGGCCUCAAAAGUAAACUAUAUAUAUUUACAACUAUUAAAUAUAUCUGCUGAGACAGAUAUAAGUAAGGAAGUGGGUGGAGUAUAUUUUAUUGCAAAGGAAUCAUUUUUAUUUAUUGUCUUAUGUAUAAAAUUGAGAGAAAAAGAAAUGGUACAAGUUGUUGCAGUUGAAACAUAGCUUUUACAAAUGUAAUUUUAUACUUACUUGAAUUCUAGAAUGGCUUAUUUAGGUACUGUACCACUAUGUUGUGUAAUUUGCAAGUUUGAUAUCUAUUUUCUCACUUGCUACUAGAGUCCAUUCAGUUUGGCAACUCCCUUGAACUCAAUCUUCCUGUUUUUAUCACCUUCAAGUAACAGAGACAAUUAAAUGGAACAAAGGCAACCAAGAAUAUGAAGGUGAUUUAUAGAAUUUCAAAAACUGCAAAGUGGUAAAUUUUACAGUCUUGGCUCAACUCUUAGGGUAUGCUUCAUUUUUUCUAGUUUAGACAUCAUGCCAAACCAGGAAGAAAAUUUAAUGAUGUUCUGGACAUGGUUCACACAGUAACUGAUUUAAGUUUUUGUUUAAUCAUGAUUGUCAAAUAAGCCAUAUUUGGCUUGAUUUAUGUUACACAUUAAAGCAUAACACACAAUUUAUAAAACAUGUUGGCUUGGAUCCCACAUUGAACUAAGUAAAAAUAAAUCAUAUUGUAGUGUAUGAACCAGUUUUUAAGUAAUACCAAAUUUUAUGAAAUCUAAUAAUUUUCCAAGUACACAGAAUCAGAAUUAUAGAGUGGAGUCCUAUAUGAAUCGAUGUUUUAUUCAUUCUAUACUUGAUAAAACAUCUGCAUUGAUGGCCUUUUAGUAAAAAUGUCUCUUAUUCAGCCUGCAGAAGCUAUGCAUCACAGACUAUACUGUCAAAUCUCUGAACAAUCAUAUAUAGUAAUCAAACAAAAUAACUCAGAAUCAUGAUUUGCCUACUAUAUUUUAUAUCUCAAACCAUUAAUUAAGCUACCUAGAGUUGGUAGUACAGCAUAGAUGAGUAUGAAGCAGCCAUUAUUAAACAUCACAAUUAAACACGUUAAAAUAAAAACAGGUGAAAUCUCAGAAUCCCACGAAUCUCACAAGCUGUUAGUUGGGAAGGCCAAAACAAUACAAACAAUUGCUUGAAGCAAGGGAGAAGAUUGAUGGACAUUUCAUGUAAUUUCAUUAUUUUCCCCUCCUGAAAGAUUUUGUAUUUCCAAAAGACUGCCUGCAAAAGUUGCUGUUCAAUAAUUUGGAUUCUAGAUUACAGGGAACGAAAACCAUGGUUUGGCAUGUUUUCUAAACCAACCUUGUCUUUUGGCAGUUUAGGAAAAUCAGUUACAAAUCAAUCGACUUUAACCCCAUGCAAACAAUCAACACAUAUGUGGUUCUGCUACAGGAGCGGUCAACCUAUGGGUUACAACACCUCAUUUGCAGUCUCUCAUGGCUGGACCUGAAAUGUGGAUCCAGUUUUUGAGAUAGUGGGCUGAAGGGUGAAGCCUUGUACCCAUUUCACCCACUAAAAGUCCUCUAAUCCCUCCGCCAAAUGGGAUCAUUCUUCCCAUGUUGGUGGGGGGGUUUAAGGGUAGAAGAGGCAGUAUGGGCUUCUGCCUAAUACUGAAAAGCAAGGUUGAAAAGUGGGGCUUCACCCCACUCUGCCCAUACUUUCUACAGCCCCUGAGCAUGAUGCAGAUACCAAGGACAUCCACACAGGCUAAAAACUGGCCCAUCCCUGUUCUGUAGGACAGAUAUACAUGGCUUGUGUUGCCUUCUGCUGAAGCUGGGAAACUUCCCUGAAUGCUAAUCCAGGGAAGAACACUCCACCUUCUACAAUAUGUAGGGAUCUAAUUGCUUGCAAUGCUCACACUCCAACUGUGUAAAUAGGGAUUGGAGCACCUGAGGUGGCACUGAAGCAUCACUCCCUGUCCCCCUCCAAGUGGGAUGUCCAUAACAACAUAAAUUGGUUCCCAUCUUUGUCUCAGGUUGAUUGUUAUUAAUAUUAUCAUUGCUAUUAUUAUUUUGGUGACUACAUGGUAAUCUUGUUUGGUUUUCUUUCUCCCAGCCAUUCCCAUGAAUAGAAAGACUGAAAAAUUGAAAGUACAGUGUAAAUUUGGAUUUGUUGCUCUCCAACUGAGUAGUUACUAUGGCUGUGAGAGUUUCCCCCAAAGUUGUUGUGCUGUAUUGAAAUGUACUCGCUUCACAAAGGACAUACCUCCUCACACGGUGGUUUUCUUUUUGUUUCUCAUUUUGUUUUCUUUCUUUUACAUGGGCCUCUCAAUCAAGGCUCCUGACUGCAAAAGAAAAGCCUACAAUAUGUGCCUGAAAAAGACAAAAUAAUUUUAUAACAGUUUUUAAAACCUGAAUAGCCUUUAAUUUUUUAAUAUCAGUACAUUUUAUGUAAAAAAAGGUUUUCUUUCUGUUUCCUUUUUUGUUUUUAUUUGACACAUGCAUUUGUUCACAUUUGUAAAUGACUUAAUGGAAUUCUCACUUUGUUUAUUUGUGUAAUGUGUAUAAACUGGGUUUGUGACUUAAGCAUAUUCAUAUAUGGUCAGUGGUUAUUUUAAUAUUGUACUGCUGCUGGUUGCUUUGGGAAUAGGGAAGUCAAUCUGCCUUGGAUGACAAAGUACCUCUUGCUUGGGCAUUGAGGGAAAGCUCUAUUUUAAAAGAAAAAUGAACCUUGGCAAAUUGUGUCUUAACAUAUUUUGAAGUUUUCAAAACAACUUUCUAUCAAACCUUUUGGCAGUACAGUAUUCUUGUGUUUGUUGUCUGUGUGUAGGUACUGGUACCUUCUUUGUUUUUAAAAACGUUUUAAGUGUCGGCUUUAAAGUGAAUUUAUCUUUAGUAUGAUAGUAAUAUGAAAAUUAUAGGGUUUGUGUGCAGAGAAUUUUUUUAUAAAAGUGCUUUGUAAAAAAAAAUGUAUUCUAGCUUUCGCGGUACAUAUGUGUGAUACCUUUAAUAUCCAUGACAGUUAAGUGCAAUUAUUUCAUCACUCUAAAAAUGCUAUUUUUGUGUCGGUUACUGCAGGUGUUCAUGUCUUUGCAAAGUGACACAUUUUGAUGCCUUCUUGAUAAAGUGGUAGAUUUUUUUGUAGCUUUCUAGAAAAUUUGUAUUCCUACAGUAUUGAUUGGAAAUAAAGGAAAUAAAAUCAUUGUCAA